AUGUCCACAAUGGCAACAAGAUAUAUGGCUUCAACUAAUUUACAAGUAGGGGCAAGAUGCGAGAUUAAUGGAAGUUGGGGUGUCAUACGUUUUAUAGGGGUUACAGGCUUCUCUUCUGGCAAAUGGGUUGGUGUCGAGUUAGAUGAACCGAAUGGGAAGAACGACGGUUCAGUCAUGGGCAAAAGAUAUUUUGAAUGUAGAGAAAAGCACGGAGUAUUCGUAAGGCCUUCGUAG